AUGAGUUUUCUUGUUUCACUUUCCUUGUACCUAUUUUGGUUUAUACCAGCAUCAUUUUCUCCGAUAUUGACACGCCCCAAGAAUUCCCCUUGUUUUAAUCAAGAUUCUAUUGGAGUAAUGGAUUUGAAUCUGAUUGAUGCAAAAUCAUUUUUUGUGUCAAAUUUGAUUGGUCCAAAAGGGAUUUUGUCUUUCUCCACCUCCAACUUCAUGUCCAGUUCUCUUAAGGUUUCUCCCCUCCUCUGUUCUUACAAAGGUACUUCUCAAGAGGCUGCUUGUUUGAGUAGUUCAGAAGGUGCUAUUACUCUGGUUGGACAAGAAAAAUAUGGCGUUGAAACUUAUUCAUAUAGAUUUGAUGGUGCAAACGGCAGAAACCCUAGUAUUUUCUUCAGGGAAAAACGAGUUCUUGAUGGAUUUAAUGAUGAGUAUGGUGGAGUCGUUGUAAAUCCAGAAAAACUACCAUUUAACACUAAUGUCUUUGCCUCUACCCUUCGCUCAUCUCUUUCAAUUUGGAGGAGAGAGGGUAAAAAAGGGAUUUGGCUAAAGUUGCCACUAGAAAAAUGUGAUCUUGUUCCUAUAGCAGUAAGGGAAGGGUUUCAGUAUCAUCAUGCAGAAGCAGGAUACGUUAUGAUGACAUAUUGGAUUCCUAAUGAACCAUGUAUGCUACCCGCCAAUGCUUCCCAUCAAGUAGGAGUUGGGGGUUUCGUGAUGAACCACAAAAAUGAGGUUCUUGUGGUUCAAGAAAAACAUUGUGCACCUGACCUUGUUGGCCUUUGGAAGCUACCAACUGGGUUCAUUCUUGAGUCGGAGGAGAUUUUCACGGGAGCUGUAAGAGAAGUGGAGGAGGAAACUGGGAUAUCAACUGAAUUUUUGGAAGUUAUUGCGUUCAGGCAUGCACACAAUGUCGCUUUUGAAAAAUCAGAUUUGUUUUUCAUCUGUAUGCUGAGACCGAUUUCAAUGGAGAUCAAGAUUGAUGACCUUGAAGUUCAAGCAGCCAAGUGGAUGCCAUUGAUGGAGUUUGUAGAGCAACCAUUAAUCAAAGGUGACAACAUGUUCAAGAAAAUCAUAGACAUGUGCAUUGCCAGGAUUGGGAAGCGCUACUGUGGGUUAUGUGUUCAUAAAGUCGUCUCCAAGUUUGACAACAGACUUUCUUCUUUGUAUUAUAAUGUUGUUGAUCAUCAAACUCAUGGUUGCUCCACUCCUGUACUUGAACAACAAAUCAACUAGUGGGAGUGCUGUUUUCAAGUCCUCCCCUACCUUCAACUUUGAUUUCUAUGUUGUAUCUAUCUGUACUUAUUUUGUUAAGACUGGUAGGUGUGGGCAACGCCCACACCGGCGUUAUUAAGAAAAAAGAAGAAAAACGGCGUGAAGGGAGGUGAUGGUGGUAACGGGAAGCAACGCGCAGGCGUAUAACGCCUAAUAACGGGGAAGGGGGCGGUGUUUGCGUGUUAUAACUUCCAAUAAUGCCCCUUGGGGCGUUGCCCAUACCCAGCAGACUAAACAAAUGUUGUAACUAGAUGUGACAUGUAUAUAAAGUCAUAACUGUAUAGAUUAUUAUUAAAAUUCAAAUGGGUUACAUCCUUAGCUUAUCACAAAGUAGUUAAUAAUUAAGUUACGGAAAUGUUCCUUGUG